AUGGGAGGCAGUAUUGGAGGAAUUGUGACUGCUGCUUAUUUAACGAAAUACUUCAAACGAAUAACAAUUAUCGAAUCUGAUGAUGUAUUAAGUGAUACAUUUAUGAAAUCUACACCCAAUCAACUAUUAGAUUAUCGUUGUCGUCUUGCAAGUCCAACAUCAUUAGGACGUUCAGGUGUUAGUCAAAUGUAUCAUUCACAUGUGCUCGCAGGUGAAGGAUAUAUAAUAUUACAAGAAUUAUUUCCCCAACUAAAAGAUAAAUUAUUAAAUGAAUAUGAUGUUCGUGAUUAUUCAUUAAAAACCGAAUGUAGAUUCGUUGUCAAUGGUUUCGUAUUAAAUCAAGAUUUAACCGAAGAUUUUCUCUGGUUGGGUAUCGAUCGGUUUACAUUAGAAACAGUUAUGAGAAAAGAAUUGUGUUUACAAUAUGGAAAUCAAAUUGAAUGGAAAUGUAAUUCAAGAGUAGUGCAACUAAUUGUCGAUCAAUCAUUAAAUAUUGUUAAAGGUAUAAAAUAUCGACAAAAGCAUCAUGUUGAUUCAUCAUCGAUUGAUUUGUAUGGUGAUUUUAUUAUUGAUUGUACUGGUCGAAAUACAUCAUCAGUCAAAUGGUUAAAAGAACGAUUUAAUUUAAUUGUACCGACUAUACAAAUACAUUUUGGUGCGGGUUAUGUUACAUUUGUUGGUGAAAGAUUUAAAACUGGAGAUCCAUCGCUGGAUUCAAAACACAUAAUUGGUUACGGACUUAGUCCUCCCGAUAAAAAUACAGGAGUUGGUAUAAUUCCGAUACAUGAAAUAAAAACAAUGGAUGAAAAUUCGUUAGGAACAUUAUCAACAUUUACGCUUCAAUGCGCUAAUUACGAAUAUCCACCAAAUGAUUCCUACGAAAAUUUAUUAGAAUGGAUAAAAGAAAAGUUGGAUCCAGAAUAUUAUUCGAUAUUUAAAUCAACAAAAGUAUGCAGUCCAUUAGUUUCAUAUCGUCGUGCGAUUGAUGAUCGAAAGUGUGUCGAACAAUUAGGUAAAAAGUGGCCUCAAAAUUAUGUAUUAUUGGGUGAUGCAAUGUGUACAUUUAACCCUACAUAUGGACAGGGUAUGACACAUGCAUGUAGACAGGCAAGAGAAUUAGGAAAAAUAUUUCAAGAGAAUUGUCAUAAGUUAAAAGAUAUUUCUCACAUUUUCAAUCGUCGUGCUUCAGCAAUUAGUGAAGAAUGUUGGCUUCUAUCGACCACAAAUGAUUCGAAAACACCAACAUUAAAAAUUAUAAAAACUGAUAAAAAUGGUGAAAUUAAAAUUUAUCAACGAGGUGAUGAUUCUGCUCCUACUGAAAAUCUUCAACCGCGAGAAUCUUUAAUGCUCCAGUUUAUGCAGUGGUAUAAUCAUUGGUUCUCACAAUGUGCAUCCAAAUCUCGACAAUUGUCUACUGAUUUUUAUCGUGUUAUGAAUCAGCACAGUAGCCCAUUUAUAUUAAUGAAACCAACAACACUUUUAGCAGUCUUUCAUACUGCAUUCAUCAAUUAUUUUAAUUUAUCGAAAAAAUGA